AAGCACAGAAAAAAAUUAACCAUCUCUCGGACUGUGAGGAAACUGAGCAGAAGAGCUCGGGUCCCCAAACUGCAGAUUUUAAGGACGAAUGAGCUGAUCCGGACUUCUGUGAUCAAGGGAAGAACUGGAAGUAAUACUCAAGGAAAGUGACAAUGAUUCCUGCGCGAAUGCACGGUGACUGCAAAAAGCUAGUCUUGCUGGGAGUUCUCCUGGGGGUUCUGUGGGAAACUGGAGGCACACAGAUCUAUUAUUCAGUUCCCGAGGAGCUGGAGAGAGGCUCUGGGGUGGGAAACAUCGCCAAGGAUCUGGGGUUGGAGCCUCAGGAACUGGAGGAGCGCGGAGUCCGCAUCGUCUCCAGAGGUAGGACACAACUUUUCGCUCUGAAUCCGCGGAGCGGCAGCUUGGUCACGGCGGGCAGGAUAGACCGGGAAGAGCUCUGUAUGGGGACCGUCAAGUGUCAACUAAAUCUGGAGAUUCUGAUGGAGGAUCAAGUGAAAAUAUAUGAGGUAGUAGUGGAAGUGAGGGACAUUAAUGAUAACGCCCCAUAUUUCCAGGAAGGUGAAUUAGAAAUAAAAAUGAGUGAAAACGCAGCUAAAGGGAUGAGGUUCCCCCUUCCCCACGCUUGGGAUCCGGAUAUAGGGAAGAAUUCACUCCAGAGCUACGAUCUCAGCGGUGAUACUCACUUCUCCCUUGACGUGCAAAGCGGAGCAGAUGGUAAUAAGUACCCGGAAUUGGUGCUGGAGCGCGCCCUGGACCGCGAGGAAAAGGCCGUUCACCACCUGGUUCUCACGGCCUCGGAUGGGGGCGAUCCAGUCCGCACUAGCACUGUGCGCAUCCGUGUGAUGGUCCUUGAUGCGAACGACAACGCACCAGCGUUUGCUCAAUCCGAGUACCGUGUGAGCGUUCCGGAGAAUGUGGCCGUGGGCACUAAACUGCUUCUGGUAAAUGCCACCGACCCUGAUGAAGGAUCCAAUGCGGAAGUGAUGUAUUCCUUCCGGUAUGUGGACAACAAAGCGGCCCAACUUUUCGAGCUAGAUUGUAAUUUAGGGACAAUUUCAACAAUAGGGGAGUUGAACUACGAGGAAUCAGGAUUCUACGAGAUGGAAGUGCAAGCAACGGAUAACGCAGGAUAUUCUGCACGAGCCAAAGUCCUGAUCACAGUUUUGGACGUGAAUGACAACGCCCCUGAAGUAGUAGUCACCUCUCUCUCCAGCUCCAUUCCGGAAAACUCUCCCAGAGGGACGUUAAUUGCCCUUUUAAAUGUAAAUGAUCAAGACUCUGGGGAAAAUGGAAGAGUAACCUGUUUCGUCCAAAGGAAUCUGCCCUUUAAAUUAGAAAAGUCUUAUGGAAAUUAUUAUAGUUUAAUGACAGACACACUCCUAGACCGAGAACUGGUUCCUAGCUACAACAUCACCGUGAUGGCCACUGACGGAGGAAGCCCGCCCCUGUCCACGGAAACUCACAUCACCCUGAACGUGGCAGACAUCAACGACAACGCGCCUGCCUUCUCUCAAGCCUCCUACUCGGCAUAUAUCCUAGAAAACAACCCCAGAGGAGCUUCCAUCAUCUCUGUGACCGCUUAUGAUCCCGACUAUGGAGAGAAUGCCCAGGUCACUUACUCCUUGGCGGAGGACACCCUCCAGGGAGCUUCCCUGUCGUCCUACGUCUCCAUGAGCUCAGACACUGGCGUCCUGUAUGCGCUCCGCUCCUUUGACUAUGAACAAUUUCGAGACCUAGAGCUACAAGUGAUGGCGCAUGACAGCGGGAACCCACCACUCAGCAGCGACGUUUCUCUGAGCCUGUUCGUGCUGGACCAGAACGACAACUCGCCAGAGAUCCUCUUCCCCGUCGUACCUACCGAUGGCUCCACAGGCGUGGAGCUGGCACCCCGCUCCGCAGAGCCCGGCUACCUGGUCACCAAGGUGGUGGCAGUGGACAGAGACUCGGGACAGAACGCCUGGCUGUCCUACCGUCUGCUCAAGGCCAGCGAGCCGGGGCUCUUCGCGGUGGGGCUGCACACGGGCGAGGUGCGCACAGCGCGGGCCCUGCUGGACAGAGACGCGCUCAAGCAGAGCCUGGUGGUGGCCGUCCAGGACCACGGCCAGCCCCCUCUCUCGGCCACCGUCACGCUCACCGUGGCUGUGGCUGACAGCAUCCCAGAUGUCCUGGCUGAUCUAGGCAGCCUAGAGUCUUCAGCCACCCCCGAAGACUCAGGCCUCACACUCUAUCUGGUGGUGGCGGUGGCCGCGGUCUCCUGCGUCUUCCUCGCCUUUGUCAUCGUGCUACUGGCGCUCAGACUGCGGCGCUGGCACAUGUCGCGUCUGCUCCAGGCUUCCAGCAGCGGGUUGGCUGGCGUGCGGGCGUCUCAGUUUGUGGGCGUGGACGGGGUGCGGGCUUUCCUGCAGACCUAUUCGCACGAGGUCUCGCUCACCGCGGACUCUCGGGGGAGUCACGUGAUCUUCCCUCAGCCGAACUACGCGGACACGCUCAUCAGCCAGGAGAGCUGUGGGAAAAGCGAGCCUCUCUUGCUCUCAGGCGAUUCCGUGUUUUCUAAAGAUAAUCGUGCAUUAAUUCAGCAAGCCCCACCCAACACGGAUUGGCGAUUCUCUCAGGCCCAGAGACCCGGCACCAGCGGAUCCCAAAAUGGCGAUGAGACUGGCACCUGGCCCAAUAACCAGUUCGACACAGAGAUGCUACAAGCCAUGAUCUUGGCCUCCGCCAGUGAAGCCGCUGAUGGGAGCUCCACCCUGGGAGGGGGCGCCGGCACCAUGGGCUUGAGUGCCCGCUACGGGCCCCAGUUCACCCUGCAGCAUGUGCCCGACUACCGCCAGAAUGUCUACAUCCCUGGCAGCAACGCCACUCUGACCAACGCAGCUGGCAAGCGUGAUGGCAAGGCCCCGGCAGGGGGCAAUGGCAACAAGAAGAAGUCGGGCAAGAAGGAAAAGAAGUAACGUGGAGGCCAGGCCCGAAGCCACAGGGCAGCCUCCCUCCCCAACCAGUCCAGCCUCUCCCCACCUGUGCCCAAGCCUCGGAUUUCAGGGCUCACCCCCAGGAAACUGGUAGGGGCCCAGGCCAUGCUCCCCUUGGGAAAUGGAAACAAGUGCCCGGUCAACACCCCCCUCUCUGCCCCCAGGGGAUUGAAUAUGCAAAGGGAGUUCUGCUGGGAACCCCCAUCCAAUCACUUGCUGUGCCCAUGGGGGUAGUGGGGUUUGUGUAGACACCAUUUAUCACACCCCCUUCAGUUACAGCUGAACUCCUCCAUCUUCCAAAUUCAAUCAGGCCCAUCCCCUACCUCCCUCCUACCUACCCUACCCUUCUCUUUCUUAAGGUGGUUGGGGUGUUGAGGUACCCGGUGACCUAAAAAGGCUCAUAGUUCUGAAGAGUUGGAAGGGCAUCAUGACUUCUUGACCUCUCCUUCAAUUCUCAAACUUCCCCCAAAAGCAUGGUUUGGUGCCAGUCCCUUCACCUUCUUCCAGAACCUGAGACCAAGCUCAAGUUUUGGGGAGACAUGGUCACCAUUCCCAUGGUACUGAUGCUUGCUGGAUUUAGGGAGGGCAUUUUGCUACCAUGCCUCUUCCCAACACCCUGGGGACCAGUCUUUUGUUCUGUUCUGUUUGUCAUCAUUUGAUGUUCCCACUGCAUGCUGUGACUUCCCCCUCCCUAAACAAGAGACCCCACUGCAUGUUCUGAGACAGUGUGGGGUGCUAAGAUAAAGAAGGUUGUGGUUGUGGAUGGGGGGUGGACAAAGCUUGGUCCCAUCAGUUAACAGGGUCUUGCAGGAGGCUCUGUAUGCCCCAGGGUACCGACCAGAUCCCCAGGUUCCAGCCAGAAGCCAUGCCCCAGGCUGGACCCGCAUCUCUCAUGUACAGGGCAGCCUGGCAGCCAGCGGUGGGCUGAGCUUCCAGCACCGGUGGGUUUGAACUGGCCUUGUGGUCCAAGGCAGCUCUGAGCAGGAUUGGGACAGGUCCCCUGGAGAGGUCAGAGGGGCCUCUGUGGGUGCUGGGUACUCCAGAGGUGCUGCUGGUGGAAGGAUCCCUGUGGCCCCAGUAGGGAGGAAGGGGCCCGCUCGGCUAUUUUUGGUCCCUGGGUUGGGAAGGACGAGAGCUAGAGCAGGGACCAAGUGGACAGAAAGUGUCAGCCUGAGAUCAGGGCUUCUCCACAGGGCCCCCCUUGCCCCAGCGGCCCCAGCCCUUCACCUUGCCAGGUGCCAUUCCUUCUCUGUGAAGGCCACUGCCCAGGCCCCCAGUCCGCCCCCUCGUGGCCAGAGCCUGGUUAAAGUCCCCCAGUGCCUCCUUGUGCAUAGACCUUCCUCUGCUCACCCCUCUGCCCCUGGGGUCCCGCUCACCCAGCGGGGCUUCUCAAGAACCCCACUCCAGCCCUUACUUAGUAUAGAAACCCCCUCCCUCUUGCGGCUGGUGUAGAAUAACCAAUAGUGUAUAGUGCGGCGUAUUUUUCCGUGAUGGCGAGCGGGCGGCGGGCUCCAAGCAGCCGUCCGUCCCCGAACCCGCCCGCGGCGGCCCGUGCUGUGUUUUGUGCUGUGUCCACGCGCUGCGGCGCCCCCUUCCCGCGUACUGACUCCUCUAAGCGCUUCUCUUUGCAUAGUCACGUAGCUCCCGACCCCGCCCCCUUCCUGUGUCUCACGCAAGUUUUAUACUCUAAUAUUUAUAUGGCUUUUUUUCUUUGAAAAAUUAAAAGGUUUCUUCUGAAA